AUGACCUCUACACGCUCGCCCAGAUACUUGCAGAUCCUCCAAGCCGAAGACACUGUUCCAGACUUGACAUUGUAUCUUUCCAGUGUAUCAUUCUACUUUUCCUACAUGCUCCGGCAUGACUCGAUGGCUGAAUUGUCCGAUAUCCUGCGCCAGAAUUUGAGCAAAGAGGCUAUUUCAACGGCUCAUAAACGCAAAACAGUUCUUUGCCAGAAGGCUGGGCAAUUCAUAUUGGAGUUGAUCCUUCAAUUUGACAAAAACAAACAGUUUCUUAUAUCUAUGCCGGAUGGAAUACGGGGGAUACUAGACGUUCUUUUCGAGGACGAUGAUCAAUGCCUCAGGAUUAUUGCUGCAGCCAUUAUGAGAGAAGUAGCCAUUUGUGAACCUAAGCUUUCAGAACUAUCUGCGAUUGAUAGCCGGGUCAAACUACUCAAGAACUGCCUAGGCUUUUUUCUACCAAACCGGAACUCCUCAUGGCUCAAGGAAGCUAUGAAGAUUAUAUCCGACCGCAUUAAACCACGUCAUGACUCAUUUUGCACCAUGGCUGUUUCCAUUGAAGGAUUAGAGGGAUAUACUAUCCCAGCGGAUUGCCUUUUUUUUACGGUUUCCCAAAGUAGCGUUAUUGUCCUGAUCAUGGACAAGAACCGAUUUAACCUCAUAGAUAUCCCCCUGGGCUCUAUCAAAGGCGUAGAAGCGAAGGGCAAUAAGCUGAGAAUCCUCCUUGGGCAAAGGUGUUACUUGCUGGUGAACGGAAUCGAACAAUAUUCGAAUAACAUCCUCGUUGGGAUGGAAAAGUUAACCACCAGAGACAAUGAGACAAUCCUCUAUAAACGGCCAAAAGAGGGGGCCAUGACGAUUAUUGCUUUCCAGGACUGUGUUAAUGACUCUGACCAAGAAGGUUCCAUAGGCUCGCAUAUACCUAUCCCUACGGACAGCGGCUAUGAUGUUGGGUGCAUGCUGUGGCAAGAACCCCAUCGGCAACCCUCUUCUUCUGCCAUAAUUGAACUCCCGACCGGCGAGGAGGUUCUAUCCGUGUCACAGUUAUCCUUGCAAUCCAGCCAUCCUCUCCAGCCUCAACCACUCCCUCAGCAACCGCCAGAACAGUACAUUUCUAAUCAGACGGGAGGGGCGCCCGCAACUGGAGGUGUGUCUCCUACAAUUCGGAAACAACUGCAACCACUGAACGCUUCGCCACACUCUGUAAACCAGCCUUCCAAGCAAGUACCAACUGAAGCUACUAAAAAUCAUGUCGAAGUCUUGCAAACUUCACCAAUCUCGUCGAUUUCGCCAACUUCAAAUGUUGAGGAGGUUGGAGAGGUGGACCGUGCGGCGGGGGUGUUAGAUGACUUGCCUAAUCUGGCAAAACAGGCACUUCUCCUUCAACCUCAACUUCUGAACCUCAGCUUGCAAACAACAGAGAAGGAGACAACAGAUACACCGCCUCUCGAAGACGGAGCAUGCGGAAAGUUGACAUUGGCAGCUGAGAAGCCCACGGCAAUUAUACCUGACUCGCAGCCUGUGGUUGAUGUGGUAGAUACCAUGGCAGGUUCUGGGCCCUUCAAAUCACCUCAGGAAACUGAAAAGGCCACAGGCGAGUCCGGUUCAGCUAAUAACUCUCGUUUAAAGCGACCUACACAUAAGCUAUGCGGCUCAUCUUCGAAGAAAGCAGACCUCGACUGGGAUGAAGGCCUUCGCGUGGAACCGGAUAUUCCCCUACCACAGCCAGAGACUUCUGCGUCCGCAAAGAAUGCUAAACAGGCGCCACAAGAUAUUGAGAAAACAAGAACCAAAGGGAGGAAGAAAUCAAAUUCUAGGGCCAAACAGAAGAUCAAACCGCUAGAAUUGACGUCCCAGACUAGCAACGCUUUAAAAGAAAACAAAAGAAACAACCAGGUUACCAAGACCUUGACCUCUGCCCGUCAAACCCGGAAUGCUGCUGAAGCGGCCAACAAAAAGAUGGCCCUCGCGGCUGAGCGGGAGAAUGCUGUAUAUGGCCCUGACGACCCUAUUGAAUCAAGCUACCCAGGGUCUACAAGCUUAGAAGAUCUUGCAGAACAUAUUCAAAUUGAUGAUCAAUCUAUGCCACAAGCAGACCCACCUCCGCCAAAUCGUGAGUCCACAACUACAGCAAAGCCGUUAACUAAUGACUCGAGUGAUCUUUCAGGAGGAGUACCUUUACACUGCGGCAAAGAUGCCAUGGUGGAAACUCCAGGCGUGGCUCCAGAAACUUUAGGAAAGCAAGCCACAAAAUCUCAGGAAACAAAGGCAACUGGACUUGAUUCCAGAAAGGACUCCGUGAUAAAUCUAUGCAGUGAUAGCCCUCAGGAUGAGGGUACCAACCAAACAAGACAAAGUAAAACCAAACAAAUAUCAGGGGUGGAUUUACCGACAAUAACAGCAGACUGCAUUUCAGAAGAAGCUGCGAUGCGUAAUAAGCCUCAGUCUAUAGCAAAGAAGCUUGCGGCUACCUUAGCAUGCUUAGGACUUGCGCCUGUUAAGGAAAGACAAACAACCAAAACUUUGGAAAAUAAAGAAGGUGCAGAUACUACACUAAACCUAGUAAGUCAGAGAAAGCGAGAAACUGGUAAUCCUUCUCAAGUUUCCAAAAAUGUGUGUGAGUUCAUGUCUCGCAACCAACUGUCAGCGCAGAAACCAAUUAUCGCAUCAAACGCUCGCAAAUCGGGUCAAGAGAAAUCGAAGAAUCAAGGGAAACCGACCUCAAAACCUGCUGAGGUUAACUCUAGUGCUUUAUCUUUGCAAAAGGGUAAUCGAACUGCAAAUGUAGUGCAGACAGAAAUACCUCCAAUGACAACAAGGUAUGAACAGCAAAAACCCACCCGGUCCGUUAAAUUUGACUUGGGAGUAAGCCAUACUCCUACAUCUAGCACUGGGCCAUCAGAUAAUGUGAAUUCUAUCGAUGGUAAAGCCGUACUGGCUUCAACAACAAGGCAUAACGGUGGCUCGUCACUGUCAAGCUUAACAAAUGAUGAUGCUCCUAUGGCCUCAGAAAAUACUGAGGAUGAAGACGAAGAGCAGACCUCCAGUUCGUUGGAUGAGUUACCGAAGUACACUUCAGUACGCCCGAAACAGAUUGGAUGGCAGUCUCGAACGGUCGACGAAAAUGGAAGCCCAAUACCACGGCUGCAACAUGCCAGAAAAAGUUAUAGCCAGCGUGUCCUUGGAGUGCUAGAUGAAACAGAUAAACCGAAAGUGCCCCCUCACCUAGAUAUGCCACCUGCAAUCUCGGAGCACUCUCAAGUUCAAGGAAUGACUACCUUCAAUCCAUCAGCCUAUAGUAAUUCGAAGACGAGGACCAACAGAGACAUAGCUGGCAGGCAUUCAUUUCAAUCAUCAAAUAUGUUUGCGCCGGGGGAGAGGCACGUCCGCCGGUGUCAUUCUAUGAAAGCAAAUGAUCAAUUCCAUGAUCAGAAGGUACCCCGUGGAAAAUUUGAGGGCCGGAAUAAAUCCGCUACAUCAUCGUAUAAGAAGUCAUUUGAUUUGAUGCAGCGGUUGAAGGCUCAUCAAACCAAUCCAAUACCACGAACCAUGGGCAAGAGACACCAUAUGAUAGAUGUGAGAGACUCGAAGCCAUUCAAGGUCAUAGAGCAUGAUGAAGAUGCCGUAAACACAGAGGCAGAGACUGAUGAAGAAUGUUCUCCCCCGCGAUAUCCACCGGAGUCCUCGGAAUACGUAGAAUCUCAAGGGCAUGAGUGGGAGAAACAAUUGCGGGACAACUACAAAGGGGGGAGAGAUAUUUUGCUUGAUACAAGUAAACAACUCUCCCGCGAGUUAUGGGAGAGUGAAAAUAGAUUAUACAAAUCGGUGGACAUUUACCGAGUUGGCUGUACUAGGAUGAUCGAUCAGCUGGAGGAAAUCCAGUUAGAAAAGCUUGACCAAAGUGAAAACGCUCUCAGGCCAAUCAAGAAAAGAUUUUUAGGGAUGUUUGAGAAUUUCUCUAAAAGAUUAGAGAAUGAUCUUGAGUCUAUUCACAAGGCAUCCUCAACUCUACCUACCACUGCUAACAGAGGUCAACGGCUUAACAACGAUAUUAACUCGGCGAUUGAUGAAUACAAAUCAAGACUAAUUAGGUCAACAAAUAUUUAG